CCACAGAGAAUAACUAAAGCUCCGGCUCUUAGUCCCCGCCUGUGGCACUCCAGAGAAGUGCUCAGAAAUGACAGGCAGGAAGAGAGACCGAGGGGAUCGGGGCGGGGAUGCGGGGCUCUCCGCGGACCGUGCCGGGGCGACCCGAGCACGGGGUAGGCGACAGCAGCCAGGGGCUCUCCUUCUCCUCCUGCCUCCUUACCUCUCUCCCUCUUUCCUUCCCUCCCUCUCUUCCGUCCCGCCCCACCGCCCCCUGGGCGGGCCGCCCGCCGCGGCCCAUAUAGGAGCGGCUCGGGUUGCUGGCGGCACAGCGCAUCCUUCCACCCGCGGGCUCCUCUCGGAAAAGAGGCGGAUUCCCCAUUGCGCCGCUGCCAUGGCCUCGGUACCCUCCGCCGGCUGCCUCCUGGCCAAGAACCAGUACUACAGAACAAGACUGAACUCUGAAUCCAGCGUUUCUUCCAGCUCCUCCUGCUGUUCAGAUGCUGUGAACGUUACAGACCAGGAAAAAAUAUUUCACGGGUUACCUGACUUAAUUGAUAAAUAUUGGUGGAUAAAAAGUUUCUUCCAUAGUGAACCAUCUCCACCACCUGUUGGCAGAAAAACACUAUCAGCAAGCAGUACCAACAGUUGAAAAGAAUAGCGUGAUGGCCUUACUGACUGAGAUGCUAUGUACAGACCGGUUUUUCCAAGAGGCUUGGGAUCUUCCUAAUGUCUGGGUUCAGCUGCAAGAAGAAAACAAAACCUUUAGGAAAGUGGAGAAGUGUAUUUUCAAAAUAUUUGUCAGUAGCUUAAAUGAUAUUGCUUAAUGGAUAUGUCCAUGGCCCACUGUGUUCUUUACAGAAUUGUAUGAUUUGAGAUGUCUCUCUAAUAGAAGUAACCAGGAUUAUAUAUCCAGAUGAACUGAAUAAUCAGAGAAAAAAUUACAAUAAAGGUAAGAUAUUGUAGGUUUAGGAGAAGAAUCUGUGUUGGAUGACUGCAAUAGGUUAAGUUACCUUUAAGAUAUCAACUCUACAGGCAGUCACACUGAUACAAAGAUUCAGAUCUAUAGUCCGGAGUAGGACUGCUAUAUUGUACAUGUCUUCCAUCAAGUAUUUGUGUACCAGUUACAGAGAGUAAGUUUACAAGAAUGAUUGUCAAUUGCUUUGAUUUUAGAAAGCCCAGUUACAUGAAGAAACAGUAAUCUGUUUGGCCUCUUUGAUCAAGGAGGGUGCAUAGAUCCUAACCUCAAAUAUCCACGUACAACUUUCAUUCAUAUCUAUGCAUGUUGGUUUCUGAGGACAGAAUAUAGGAGAUGGACAAGGAACCAGUAAUCCUAGUGGACACUGACAUUUUCCAAGGAGAAAAGCAACCUUAAUCAGAGUUCAUACUCCCAGCUCCAUUUUAGAUUUCUCUCAUUCACUUUGUUGUGGCUUGAAGAGCUACUUGUUCUUAGUUGACUAAUUCUAUCAAUAUUCUGCUCUCUGUCAGCUUAGUUAUGUGCUAGAUCUGGCAAAAUGUUCCACUCAAGGUAAUGACACUGUUAUUAUCCAAGUCUAUCUUUGUUGUGAUUCGUGCUCUUGAAAGACACUGUACUAUUGCAAUGCUGAAGACCAAAUGAAGCUAAUUAGUACAUCAGAUUACUUAUUCUACUGGGUAUGACUGAAAUGCAUCAGAGAAUAUGGCAAAUAACAUAUUUGGCUGGAUGAUAAAAUUUGUGUCAAUUAUCUAUGUAACUCUUUGAUGUAUUAUCAGUAAACCUGCCUGAUGUUUAUCCAUCACUGGAUGAACUAACAGUAGCCAAUAUUAAUGUAACCAACAUGUUUUUACUAUGGGUUAACGGUUGUCAUGGAUGUGCAUAACUCCAAAGUGUAUCAAGUGGCUUCUUCAGGAGGCUUACAGUCUCUGUGAAGACAAAAAAUGCAUGGCAGGUGACAACAGACAAGAACACAAUUCUGAAAGCAUAAUUUCAAGGGUCUUUAAAUUGACUUGUUAUGUGUCUUACUUUACUUCUAUUGUAUAGUUUUAUCUUUCUCCUUUAAGUGUACAGAAUGAGCUUUUUUAUGCUAAGAUUUUUUUAUUAAUAAAUAUUUAAUCAGUAGUU